GAUUUCGGUUUUAAUCCAAAUUAUGGACACCUCUACUUAAAUUUGCCCUAUUUAACUCACACAAACAAUUAAUUCAAAAAAUUUUGGAAAAAAAAAGCAAUAAUAAACACAGGGAGAUACAGCUACAAACGAGCCAAAAAAGAAGAGAGAGAACCCCCCCAAAAAAAAAAAAAAAAAACUCAACCCGCAGCAAUAAAAAACAACCUUUCGAAGGCGGCAACAAUGGCGUCAGGUUCAGUAGUUCCGGCAAACAGAGGAAGAAGAAACCUAACCGACGAUGAAAAGCUACAGUUCGAAGCAACAGAAGGUAUUGAACCUGUUACAAGCUUCGAAAGAAUGGGGAUUAAAGACGACCUUUUACGUGGGAUCUAUGCUUAUGGUUUCGAGAAGCCUUCUGCUAUUCAACAGCGUGCUGUUAUGCCGAUUAUUCAGGGUCGUGAUGUUAUUGCGCAAGCCCAGUCUGGUACUGGGAAAACUUCCAUGAUUUCUCUCGCUGUUUGUCAGAUGGUUGAUACUUCUACUCGAGAGGUCCAAGCAUUAAUUGUGUCGCCUACUCGCGAGCUGGCUUCACAAACAGAAAAAGUUAUAAUGGCCAUCGGUCUCCACAUGAAUAUACAAGCCCAUGCAUGCAUUGGAGGGAAAAGUGUGGGUGAGGAUAUCAGGAAAUUGGAGUAUGGAGUUCAUGUUGUUUCUGGAACCCCAGGUAGAGUGUGUGAUAUGAUCAAGAGGAGAACAUUGAGAACCCGAAAUAUCAAACUCUUAAUUCUUGAUGAGUCUGAUGAGAUGUUGAGCAGAGGUUUUAAAGACCAAAUUUAUGAUGUCUAUCGUUACCUUCCUCCAGAGCUUCAGGUUGUGUUGAUCUCUGCCACCCUCCCCAAUGAAAUUUUGGAGAUCACCAACAAAUUUAUGACAGAUCCUGUUAAAAUCCUUGUGAAACGUGAUGAAUUGACUUUAGAGGGCAUCAAGCAAUUCUUCGUUGCAGUUGAGCAGGAAGAUUGGAAGUUUGAUACCCUUUGUGAUCUUUAUGAUACCCUCACAAUUACUCAAGCUGUUAUCUUUUGCAACACUAAGCGAAAGGUGGAUUGGCUGACUGAGAAGAUGCGUAACAAUAACUUCACUGUUUCAUCAAUGCAUGGUGAUAUGCCCCAGAAAGAGCGAGAUGCUAUUAUGAAAGAAUUUCGUGAUGGUGACACUCGUGUUUUGAUCACGACAGAUGUUUGGGCUCGUGGAAUUGAUGUCCAGCAGGUUUCAUUGGUAAUCAACUAUGAUUUACCUAAUAAUCGUGAACUUUAUAUUCAUCGGAUUGGUCGCUCUGGCCGUUUUGGGCGUAAGGGUGUUGCUAUUAACUUUGUCAAAAAAGAUGAUAUCAAGAUUCUAAGAGACAUUGAGCAAUAUUACAGUACCCAAAUUGACGAAAUGCCGAUGAAUGUUGCUGAUUUGAUAUGAGGUCGACUAGUGCAUGUGUGGGAUGAAAUGCUGAUGACUGUUGCUGAUUUGAUAUGAGGUCGACCUGUGCAUUGAUGUGACUGAUUUCUUAUGCCUGGAAACAGGGUGCGUGUUAAGUGUGGCGAUAAGCUGCUAUGGUGUGGAUUGACCAGUUUUCAGUCGUUUUUCCUGUAAUGGUAGUAAACAUUUUGCUUGCAUGAUUCUUAAACUGUUUUGAUAAUUGAUAUGUUCAAUAUUUAUGCUUGAAAGUUCUAACUGGACUGAGGGUGCGUUUUCUC